AUGGCUACCGACACUGUUCCCUCGGAGAUCAUAGAAAGAGAACGAAAAAAGUUGCUUGAAAUCCUCCAGCAAGAUCCUGAUUCUAUCUUAGACACGUUAACCUCUCGGAAGCUGAUUUCUGAGGAGGAGUAUGAGAGUCUGGAGAAUAUUACUGAUCCCCUGAAGAAAAGUCGAAAGCUGCUAAUUUUGGUGCAGAAAAAGGGAGAAGUGAGCUGUCUGCAUUUUCUCAAGUAUUUAGUUAGUACUUUCCCGGAGUCAGCUGCCAUUUGGAACUUAAAUUUAAGGCUUGAAUUUUUAAAACAGGAGACUGUAGAACCUUGUCAACCUGUGAGGAUAAACAAGAAUUCAGAUGAUGCUUUUUUCUCUGGGAAGAAACUACCUGAGAAUCCUCAGGUUACAGUGCCCUUCAAAGAGAAAGGACUAUUGGAUAUGGAAAUCUCUGAGUCUUUCAAGGAUAAGAAAAUUAGUGACAGGGAAACUGCUUUCUCUUCAAAGGAGAAGAAUGAGAAGGAAUAUGACACAUCAAAAGACUCAAUCUCACAUGCAGUUGAGGAUGUUGAAUAUGAAGUUCCAUCAGCUAUUGCAUAUUUAAGGGAUGAACAGAGGUACGAGGAAACAGAUGAUUCUUUAUACUUGGGAAAAGAAGAGUAUCUAGAAUCUGUUGGAUACCCUGAAGAUGCAGAAGCCACUGCAGAAGAGAAGGACAGUCAUGGUGCAGAGCAUGUGGUAUAUGAUGGCAAAGAGGACUCUGAGUAUUCUGAAACUACAGGAUUCUCUGAUGAGGAGCAGCUUUACGAGGAGUCAGAAACCGGCAUGUUACUGGAGGAGAAAAGUAUGGAAGAAAGAAAAAAAGUGUUUAAAGAGGUCCUGUCAUGUCUCAAUAUGGAUAGGAGCAGAAAGCUUCUGCCAGAUUUUGUGACACAAUUCUCCUUAGACCGAGGAUGUAACUGGACACCUGAGACUCCUGGAGAUUUAACUUGGGAUUUCCUGAUGAAAGUUCAAGACCAGGACGUGACAGCCAGAGAUUCAAUUCUCAGGCACAGAGUUCUGAGUGAAGACAGCAAAGGGGAAUUGCUGACUGAAAUGGAGAAUUUAGAACUUAGAGACAUACGGACCAUUAAUCCUCUUGAUGUCCUUUGUGCCACCAUGCUGUGUUCAGACAGCUCUUUGCAAUGUGAAGUCAUGUCAAACAUGUAUCAAUGCCAGUUUGCUCUUCCCCUGCUACUGCCAGAUGCAGAAAACAACAGAAGCAUCUUAAUGCUCGGGGCUAUGAAGGACAUUGUGAAGAAGCAGUCAGCCCAGUCCUCAGGAGGCUCUGCCGAGGAUACAGAAAACUUUCUGGUUCGCAUCAAGAUGCCUGUCAUCUCUUUUGUUCGUUUACAGUGCUGUAGCUUCUCCAAGUCCAGAAUCCUGAAUGCGCUGCUCAACCUUGCUCAAACAAAAUCGCACAAAACCUUUCUUCAUCAAGAUUCACCUGUUUUGGUCCUUCCCCGGCAAAUCUCUGAUGGCUUGGUUGAGAUCACUUGGUGUUUUCCUGAUGGCGAUGGUUUAAAGGAAAACCCUAGUUUUUUCCCAAGGCCUGUUGCUGUGGCUAACCUUCGUGGAGACCUGGAACAUUUUUGGAUACAGUUUGGUUUUUUGAUGGAAGUUUCCUCAGCUGUGUUUUUUUUCACUGACUACCUUGGUGAGAAGGAAUGGAACCUGCUAAGGUUUUUAGGAGAAACUGCCAUUGAAAAAUGCUACUUUGUCCUCAGUCCCCAGGCCAGAGAGAGUGAAGAUGCUCAUAUUUUUCAGAGGAUCUUGGAAUUGAAGCCAUCACAGCUACUAUUUUUAGAGGGGGAGGAAUCUGGGGAUAGAAGAAAGGACAUAGAGAACCUUCAAGCUGCCCUCUGGGAAGUAAUGUGCUCUUCACUCAGAUGUCUGUCUGUGGAAGACAUGGCCUCCUUGGCCAGGGAGUUGGGGAUCCAGGUAGACCAAGACUGUGAGACUACUCAAGAAAUUCAAGUUUUCCAUAGUGAAGACAUGUCUGGAACAGCUAAAAGUCAGGGACAACAAAGGCAUAGUCAGUCCAAAACCCCAGCUCUGAUGCCUAUGAGAGAGCCUGGGGUUACAUGUGAGGUCAGUCAGAAUCCUCAGAAUAGCUGCUCCACCCCAGUAUUCAUGUCUCCUGCACAGAUCUCCUUACCUUUACGACCCAGAAUUGGGGGUAAUUUUAACCAGGCUUCUAGGUUUAUGGGCUCCAACAUUUGCUCAGAGCAGAUGUGUAAGUGGGUCCGUCCUUUCGCUUUUCAUAAUACAAGGGCCCAUAGUUGGAAUAAGGGUUUUGGUGUUCGCUAUUUCCAACCCCAGAGAUUUUAUUCAGGUGAAAGAGUCAUGACAUUUUCAAGAACUGCUCAGGGGUGUCAUUGGAGACAUCCAAGACCUAUUUCUCAGCAUGCACGACACUGGACUGAAAGACCAAAAUCAAUGGGAGCUUUUGGAAAGUCUGGGGCAGUGGUCUCUCAGGGAGGUCAUUUCCAUUCCCUGGGCUCACAGCCAGCAGGAGGAGUUAGAAAGCCACAACCUGGGCCAGGUUAUGCUCAGGGAACACAGCUACCUGCAGCAACUGGAACACUUAGGAGCACAACAUCCCAAAUAAAAGAUCCUCAUCAUCAAGUCUUUCAACCAGCAGGAACCAUACAAAAGUCCAUUAGACCUACAUCACAGCAUAGACCCCAGAAGACUAAGAGUGGGCCUUCAAAUCCAGCUUUUCAAACACAGCCCCAUUCCAUGUCCGACAGCAAACUUCUACCCAGCUUUCAGUCCACAUCCAGUCAGCCCAAGCAGCCCCAGCCUAAAGUCUCCCAAACUGUGUCUUCUCAAUACAAAUCUACUCAAAUAAAACCCACUCAGCCACAGCCUACCUAUUCUAAUGCCCCGCAGUCCAAACCCACUCAGCCUAAGUGCUCCCAAUCUAAGUCCUCUCAGCCCAGGCCAUCUCAGCCUAAGUCUUCCUUGGGCAGUCCUUCACACACCAAGGUAUACUCCUCAAGAGCAGGUUCCAGAAGGUAG